GGGGCCAUCAGCGUUGUGGCGGCGCACGUCGCGGCGGCGCUCGCGCGAGGGCGCUCGGCUAACUCAUCGUCGGUCUACGCACUGACGCACUUCUGCAGCGAGCACCGCAGCCGGCACGACGAGCUCGGCGGCACGGCCAUGGCGCUGGUAGUGACGCUCCUGCUGCAGCUGGUAGACCAGCACCGCGACUUUGACACGGCGCUACUCCGCGAGUGCCGCGACGCAGUGAUGAACGCGCCGCAAGAACCAACCGAGGACGACGUGCGCGCCUGUUGCGACGUGCUACAGCGAUGCGUGCAGGCCCUGCCCAGGGAGGCGACACUGUUCUGCAUCGUCGAGGGCAUCGCCUUCUUCGAGGGGCCGAAGAAGCGGACAGCGCAGACGCGUGUCGUGCUUCAACGGCUGCUGGAACUGGCGAGUGAUGAGGGGCAAGAGGGGCGCGCGCGCAUCAAAUGCCUGUUCACGACGCCGGCGAGAAGCCCCGAGUUUGUCGGCCUCUUCAAACCCUAUGAUGUGUGGACAGCCGACUCUGUCAACUCGUCGGGCUUUGUUCCGAGUCUUCGGAGGAAUAGUAGUUGGAUGAUGGGAAGGCGGCGAUGACAGUUGUUAAACACUAUUCAAGUUUUAGAAGUGGC